AUGGGUGAAAUGAAUAAAGAAGAUGUUGAAAAAUAUUUGGAGAACAACCCACAAUUUGCCAAGGAGUUUUAUGAUAGAAAACUUCGUCCAGAAGCAAUAAGAAACCUCUUCGGAGUCAACCCUGAGAAUGUGAAGGAGGGAGUCUCCUUCAAAGAGAUGACCAAGCUAGAAGAAUGUGAGAUACUUUUGGAAUUACUUUUGGAAAUCCAGGAAGAUGCAGCCGGUAUGGAAAAGACCGCACAUAAAGUCCUGCAAAGGUCGGCACAGUUACUAGCAGCUGACAAGUGUAGUAUGUUUAUUUGCCGUUCCCGCAACGGUAUUCCAGAGUUAGCUAGUAGACUCUUAGAUGUCACCUCUACUUCCAAAUAUGAGGACAACUUGGUGCAUCCUGAAAAAGAAAUUGUUUUUCCUCUGGACAUUGGAAUAGUAGGUUGGACUGCUCAUACCAAGAAAUCAUUUAACAUACCGGAUGUCAAGAAGAAUAAUCACUUCUCUGACUUUGUGGAUAAGCAGACUGGCUACACGACCAUCAACAUGCUCACUAUUCCAGUUGUGCAAGGCAAGGAAGUUCUUGCUGUUUUCAUGGCACUUAACAAACAAAAUGCCCCUGAGUUCUCUAAAGAGGAUGAAGAUGUCUUUAGUAAAUAUAUUCAUUUUCUUUCACUUGCUUUGAAACAACACCACACUGCAUACCUGUAUAACAUUGAAUCUAGAAAGAGUCAGAUACUUUUAUGGUCUGCCAACAAAGUAUUUGAAGAACUUACAGAUAUUGAGCGACAGUUUCACAAAGUCAUGUACACUAUUCGACAAUAUUUAAAUUGUGAAAGAUAUUCCAUUGGUCUGCUGGACAUGACCAAAGGGAAGGAAUUUUAUGAUGAAUGGCCAAUUAAAUUGGGAGAAGCAGAGCCUUACAAAGGGCCAAAGACCCCUGAUGGUCGAGAAAUUAACUUUUAUAAGAUAAUUGAUUAUAUUCUACAUGGAGAAGAACACAUCCAAGUAAUUCCGACACCUCCUGCAGAUCACUGGUGUCUUGCGAGUGGCUUACCAACUUACGUUGCUGUAAAUGGAUUUAUCUGUAAUAUGAUGAACGCACCAGCAGAUGAAUAUUUCACUUUUCAGAAAGAAGCUUUUGAUGAGACAGGCUGGACCAUCAAAAAUGUCUUAUCUUUACCUAUUGUAAACAAAAAAGAAGAAAUUGUAGGUGUAGCUACAUUUUACAACAGGAAAGAUGGCAAACCAUUUGAUGAAUAUGAUGAACAGAUUACCGAAAUGCUUACACAGUUCCUUGGAUGGUCUGUUUUAAAUACUGACGCAUAUGACAAAGCGAAUAAGCUUGAAAAUCGGAAAGACAUUGCUCAGGAAAUGCUCAUGUAUCAGACAAAAGCAACAACUGCAGAAAUUAAAACCAUACUGAAAUGCAAAGAAAAACUGAAUCAAGAUAAUCUUGAAGACUGCGAUGAGAAGCAGCUUAUUAAAAUUUUGACAGAGGAAUUGCCUGAUCCAAAGAAUGCUGAACUUUAUGAAUUUCACUUCAGUGACUUCCCCGUUACAGAUCAUGACUUGAUCAAGUGUGGAAUACAAUUAUUCUUUCAGAUAAAUGUUGUAGAAAAGUUCAAAGUACCAGCAGAGGUACUCACAAGAUGGAUGUACACAGUCAGAAAAGGGUAUCGCGACAUCACUUACCACAACUGGCGGCAUGGAUUUAAUGUUGGACAGACCAUGUUUGCUCUUUUAAUGACCGGUAGGUUAAAGAAAUAUUACACUGAACUAGAAGCCUUUGCUCUGAUAGCUGCAGCUUUCUGUCAUGAUAUUGAUCACAGAGGAACCAACAACUUGUAUCAAAUGAAGUCAGCAGCUCCAUUGGCAAAGCUCCAUGGCUCUUCCAUUUUAGAACGGCACCAUCUAGAAUACAGUAAAACACUGCUACAAGACGAGAGUUUAAACAUCUUCCAAAAUCUAAACAAGCGCCAGUAUGAAACUGUUUUACAUAUAUUUGAAGUUGCAAUCAUAGCGACUGACUUGGCUCUGUAUUUCAAGAAAAGGACUAUGUUUCAGAAAAUAGUGGAUGCCACUGAAAAAAUACAAGAUGAGAAUGAUGUGAUUAAAUAUGUAUCUAUGGACCCAACCAAAAAAGAAGUAAUCAUGGCUAUGAUGAUGACUGGUUGUGACCUUUCUGCCAUCACUAAACCUUGGGAGGUACAAAGUAAGGUUGCCAUCAUGGUUGCAAAUGAAUUCUGGGAGCAAGGUGAUCUUGAACGAACUGUCUUACAGCAACAGCCAAUUCCUAUGAUGGAUAGAAGCAAGGGGGAUGAAUUACCUAAGCUUCAAGUUGGUUUCAUUGAUUUUGUAUGUACCUUUGUAUAUAAGGAAUUCUCAAGGUUCCAUAAAGAAAUCACCCCUAUGUUUGAUGGUCUUCAAAACAAUCGAACGGAAUGGAAAUUGCAAGCUGAACUUUAUGAGGAGAAGAUAAAAGCUAUUGAAGAAAAAAAGAAAAAGCAAGAAGAAGAAGAGGUCAAGAAAGGUUAGGCAUAUAGAAAUGUGUGGUUUCAGGCAAUCCAUUGGUACAUACAAACAUUUCUGUAAUCUUGAGAAUUUUUGCUGAGCGUGGAACUUAAAGUACCAAAUGUAGUUUUAAUUGAUAUAAUUUCAUGGUCUGCAGUAUUUUCCAUCAGUUCUUUGAUGCAACAGAUUAACCCAGCUACCCCUUAGGGAUUGGUUGCAAAUAAUGACAAAAGAUAAUGGGCCAAAUCCAGAUAUCCCAGGAUUCCUCUAACUGAAGAGCAGAGUUUAACUGGUUUAGAUAGAGGACUCUGGAACAAUAUGGAGCAAUAAAGCAGGAAAUCAGCCAAAACUCCUUUUCUCUCCUGAUCCCAAUUAAAAGGAUCAAAGGCUGUUCUAGAUUCCAGACAAUACCUUCAGGGGAGGGAGGGAGGGAGGAAUUUGCACUCACACACACACAUUCACUUUGGGCUGAAUCCAUCUGAAUGGAAAUACAAUUGCAGUCCUAAUUUGGUAUACCUAGUGGGACAGUAGAACAGCAAAUUAAAAAAAGAGUGCAGAAAAACCAAAACUACAGAAAUCAAGAAUACCAAAUUUGAAUUACUGUAGUUUUAUCAAGAUCAUUUUUUUAAAUAAAUCAUAGCUGAAAAAUGUUGACUGUUAACCAUUUUGAACCAGCCAUCUUUCUAAGAUUCAAAAGUUAAAACUCCAAAUGAGUCUGGAUUUAAGUUUUUGGAACCUAGACUAUAAAAAUGGUACAGCUAUUAUGAGAAUGGAAUUACUGAAUGCUAUUUCUCUACUAUAGUUUUUUUUCAAUACUUCGCUUUCUUGCUAUAUCUUGUACACAUUUGAGGCUACAACCUAGAUGAUCUUGAAAAUGCUGUUCUAUCUGUAAUAAUAGCUGUAAUUGGAUCUGACAUUUUUCAGACUGUUAAUGACACUCAUAAAACGUCCAAUGGCCUCAACCAAACCAAGGAGUUUCCAUUAGUAGCCCUAUUUGUUCACUUUGGAAUGGAAAGGAUAAAUUAGCCACGAGUGAGAAAUCAUCAAUUCACUUACAUCUCAUUUUGCUAUGAGUGGAAAGUGUCUUCCAAAGUGCAUUAAAUGCAUUUCCCUGGUCAUGAUUUCCAAUUAUGUUUUCACUUUGCUGAUCCAUAAUUAGUGUUAGAUUAGGGUCAAUGAUUAUGCUGCCUUAUUGAAGAAUAGCAACUGAAAGUUGCAUAAACUAUUAUUUUUGUUUUUCUCCCUUAUUUUUGGAGACCACCAGUGUCUGGUCUUGAAGACAUUCAAUGCCUUUGAAAACAGCAGGCUUGCAAGUUGCCAGAAGGAAUUAAGACUUUCAGAGAAGAUUACAAACUUGUACAUUCUCUCUUUCAAUCGUGAAAGAAGUUCCCAUAAGUAUAUAUGCCUAUUAUAUUAAUAGUGAUUAAUAAAAUGAAUGGCUACAUGGAUAGUUGCCUAACUUCAAAGUUACAUAAGCAAGAGGCAAAGUCAUUUUAUCUAGUGGUAUUUAAUUUCAUAAAUUAAUUGUGCAUUUUGUCCAGAAGUACCAUCUUUUGUCUGCCAUAAACCUACUCCUAAUAGAUUCCAUGGGCUCACCUGAAAUUCAUAUUUUUUAAAAAAGUUCUCAGAUAGCUUUAUCUGAAUGUUUCUGAAUUAUGAUGGCACUUUUUUCGUAACUGCCUUUACAUGAUGGAUUCUGUUUUUCUAUUAACGUUGCUCACCAAUUUAGGAAGAAUGUAGGUAAUGGGGGCUCUUCAUUCUCUGCAAAUCUACUUUUCUCCUUCACAUUCAAAACUAAAACAAAUUGGAAAUGUUUACAUUAUAAUAUUUUUUAAUAAAUCUUACUAAU